GUGAUGAUGAUGAAGAUGCUGCUGUCGGCUCUAUUGGCCUUCUGGCUGAACACCGCCUCUGCUGCAAAACUGGGCGUGGUGCAGACAGAGGGCGGGCGGGUGGAGGGCCAGAGUCACAGAAUGGGCCUCUUCAGGACCGUUGAUGUCUUCAAAGGCAUUCCUUUUGCUGAUGUUCCCAUGAUGUGGGAGAAACCGAAGCCUCAUCCUGGGUGGGAUGGAAUCCUGAAGGCCACAAAGUACAGAGAUCGCUGCCUGCAGGUGACGCUGCUGCAGACAAAAACCCAGGGCAGCGAGGAUUGUCUCUAUCUGAACAUCUUUGUUCCACAGGGACGAUUAUUGUCCACCAACCUCCCUGUGAUGGUGUACCUCUUUGGGGGAGCUUUCCUGCUAGGAGCGUCCAACGAUGUGGAGGUCCUUGGGAACUCUCUUUAUGACGGGAAGGAGAUGGCCGACAGGGGUGGGGUCAUCAUUGUUACUGUGAACUACAGAGUUGGAACCCUGGGUUUUCUCAGUACCGGAGACUCACGACUACCAGGUAACUACGGUCUGUGGGACCAGCAUGCUGCCAUUUCCUGGGUCUGCAGGAACAUCGAGGCAUUCGGAGGAAACCCAGACAACAUCACCAUCUUCGGCCAAUCAGCUGGAGCUGCCAGCGUCAGCUUCCAGAUGCUGUCUCCCUACAGUAAAGGGUUGUUCCGCAGAGCGAUCACUCAGGGUGGCGUGGCCCUCAGCCCCUGGGCCCUGCAGAAGAACCCUAUGGCCCUCAUGAAGAAGAUUGCUCGCAAAGUUGGAUGCAUGAGACCGGAUGAAGAUGAGAUGCUGACAUGUCUGAAGAUAAGCGACCCAGUCGGCCUGACCAUGGCAGGAAAAAUCGAUGUGAUGCUUAUUCUGGGAAAAGGUGUGGUUAUGGACAUGCUGGAGCUUGCUCCGGUCAUCGAUGGGGAUUUCAUCCCAGAUGAGCCCAGUAAACUGUUUCACAAUGCAGCCCAGUUUGAUUACCUGGCCGGCGUCAACAGCAUGGACGGGCACAUUUUCGCUGGGGUUGAUGUUCCUUCCAUCAACAGCAAAAAAGCCAACACAACUGUAGAACAGGUGAGAGGUCUGCUGGCAGGUCUGACCAAAGAGAAAGGGAACGCCGCCGUCCCCUCGGCUCUCAGUGUCUACUCUGUUCACUGGGGCUCAUUUCCAGAGCCCGCGGUGGUGAAGAAGACGGUGGCUGACAUAGAGACCGACUUCCUGUUCCUCGUUCCCACUCAGAUCGCCCUACAGCUCCACGCCAACAACUCCAGUGGUGCCCGUACCUACUCGUACCUGUUCAACAUGAAGACCAGGAUCCCUGGUUUCCCGCGGUGGGUGGAGGCUGAGCAUGCCGAGGAUCUGCAGUACCUGUUCGGUAAACCGUUCUCCCUCUCCCUGAUCUACUUCCCCCGACACCGAGACCUGUCUGAGUACAUGAUCGCAUACUGGACCAACUUCGCCAGGACCGGUAAUCCCAGUACAGGUGACAGCAGAGUCCCAGUUGCUUGGCCUCCAUUCACCAAAAACCAUCGACCUUAUUUGACCAUCAACCACAAGAUGAGCAAGUCCUCCGUCGGCUACGAUCUCAGAUCGUACUACGUCAACUACUGGACUCAAAUCUACAGCAGCCUGCCGUCAGACAAGAAACAAGAAGAAGAGAAAGUCUGAUCGAUUACUCUGACUUUGACUCUGAAUAAUUACAAUUAAUUAUAAAUAUGUAGAUAAAAAUUGUUUUUGAGAAAAUAACAGUAAUAAAACAAAGAUGAACUCUUCUCUGUAAACUUUGUAAUUCUCUCUCUGAACAGAAUUAGUCACCACAGGAAACAGAUUGGACAUGAAAUGAAGACAAGAUUAAUUUUUCGUCUAUAAACAUGUUGACUGGUAAAAAAUAAAACAGCU